CGACCGGUUAAGAGCGCGCGCCAACACGCACCCUAGUACAUAAGCCGCGGAGGUUGGUGCGGGUAGCUCAACCCUCCUCACCUCCCGCCGGCCUCUGCCUGAUCAGUCGCCUCUUUCACUCCGACCAGCACGAGCAGCUCGCUGCCUUAUACCGCCCGUGCCGUGUCGUCUCCGAGGGAGACGGUGAUGUCGCUGGGCAGCAAGGUGGGAGACGGCGGGCGCCGGAGGCAGCGGUACCGUCUCGAGACCAGGGCGCUGUCCUACGUGCUUCCGCCGCGCGCCUCCUUCCUGUGGGGCGGCGGUGGGGGUGGCAAGGGGGUGGAGAGGUCGCUGCUGAGGGGCGUGACGUGCGAGGCGCCGCCGGGGGAGCUGGUGGCGAUCGUCGGGCCGAGCGGGGCCGGGAAGACGACGCUGCUCUCGGUGCUGGCGGGGUCGGCGGACCCGGGGCGGGUUGCGGCGGGGGAGGUGCUGGUGAACGGGUGUCCCAUGGACGCGGCAAGGUUCCGGCGGGUGUCCGGGUACGUGCCGCAGGACGACGCGCUGUUCCCGACGCUCACCGUGGAGGAGUCGCUGGUGUACAGCGCGCGGCUAAGGCUGCGCGGGGGCGGCCGCGGGCGCGGGGCGGCGGAGGCGCGGGCGCGGGACCUGAUGGCGGAGCUCGGGCUGCGGCACGUCGCGGGGUCCAGGGUCGCCAGCGUGUCCGGCGGCGAGCGGCGGCGGGUGUCCAUCGGCGUCGACCUCGUGCACGACCCGGCCGUGCUGCUGCUGGACGAGCCCACCUCCGGUCUCGACUCUGGCUCCGCGCUCCACAUUGUCAAGAUGCUCAGGGACAUGGCCACCGCGCACGGCAAGACCGUCGUGCUCACCAUCCACCAGCCAGGGUUCCGCAUCCUCGAGCUGCUCGACCGCGUCGUUCUCCUCGCCGACGGCGCCGUCCGACACCACGGCUCGCUCGCCUUCCUUGAGGCGCGACUCGCCGCCUCCGGCCACGACAUCCCUGCCCACGUCAACGUCCUCGAGUACGCCAUGGAGACCAUCGACAGCCUCAAGCCCGACGUCGUAGUCGUCACCGCGUCCACAAACCAAGAAAAAGACGCCGCGGCCGUAGGCCCGGUACCAGCGUCCGCGCGGCGCGCGGGGUACGCGAACUCGCCGGCGGCGGAGGUGCGCAUCCUGGCGGGACGGUUCGUGAAGACGGUGCUGCGGACGCCGCAGCUGUUCGCGGCGCGGAUGGCGCAGUCUGUGCUGGCUGGCGCGUUCCUCGGCAGCAUCUUCUUGGGCACCACGGACCUGCAGUCUCGACUGGGCUUCUUCGCCUUCAGCCUCACCUACGUGCUCUCCUCCACCACCGAGGCACUCCCCGUGUUCCUCCAGGAGCGCCGUAUCCUGGAGCGCGAGACCUCCCGCGGCGCCUACCGCGUGUCCUCCUACGUCGCCUCCAACGCCGCCGUGUUCCUUCCGUUCCUCCUCGCCGCCGCGGUCCUCUACGCGGCGCCCGUGUACUGGCUCGUCGGCCUGGCGCGCGAACCCGCCCGCUUCGCCUACUUCUCCCUCGUCGUCUGGCUCGUCAUGCUCACCGCCAACUCCUUCGUGGCAUGCCUCAGCGCGCUGGCGCCCAACUACAUCGUGGGCAACUCCGUCGUGGCGGGGCUCAUCGGCUGCUUCUUCCUCUUCUCCGGCUACUUCGUGGCGAGCAAGAACAUCCCGCGCUACUGGGUGUUCAUGCACUACGCCAGCCUGUUCAAGUACCCAUUCGAGGCCCUGGUCGUGAACGAGUACGGCGGGGCGCGAGGCGCCAGGGAGUGUCUCACCGAGGCCCCUGGCGGCGGCGGGCUCUGCGUGCUCGACGGCGCGGCGCUGCUGCGGCAGCAGGGAAUGAGGGAGAGCAUGCGGUGGAGCAACCUAGGUGUCAUGCUCGGAUUCGUGGUCGGGUACAGGGUGCUCUGCUUCUCCUUCCUCUGGUUCAGGUGCCACCGCAUAAGAAGGUGAGGUGACUGAGGCGGGAAACGAUGCUAGUGGCGGCCAUUGGCAUGCAUGCAACUGCAAAUAGUAAUCGCUCGUUUAAAUUUCAUCUCAUCUUCUUCUUCUCUCACUUCUUUUUUAUCUUGUAAUUUUUCUCCUUGAGACAUUGUAGUCUUUAUUUUGAUUAGGAUCGAUACGAAUAUAUGUAUAUGUUUGGGAGAUACUCCCCCGUUCAAAAAUGUGAGACACAUUUUCUUUUAACAAAGUCAAAUUUAUUAAGUUUUGAUCGAUAA